AUGGCCGAGGCUGCCGGCUCCCCGCGCCGCCCCGCCGCGGGCAGGUGCGGAGCGAGCGGCGCGGCGGCGGCCCGAGCCCGCUGGCGGCUGCUCGGACAGGUUCUGAGGAAAAAGCACUUGAAAGAUGUGCAUCUCCAACAAAUAUCUGUCAGAAGGUUUGCAUCAUUCAAUCUCUUUUCAAUAGAAGAUCAGACAAGAAGAGGACCAGAAGACCAGAGUACAGAAGAGGAAACUGGGACCUGGGUUCAGUAUAGAAGCAUCUUUUAUCCCAAGUACAGUGUCUCCUUAAGAUUUCACAAUGGCCUGUUAAAUGUUAAAGAUGUUCUUACAAGUUUUGACAACACGGGGAAUGUCUGUCUCUGGCCAUCUGAAGAAGUGCUGGCUUACUACUGCCUAAAGCAUAAUGAAAUAUUCAGGGACCUUGCUGUGUGUGAGCUAGGGGGUGGCAUGACAUGCUUGGCUGGGCUCAUGGUUGCUAUUUCUGCAGAUGUCAAAGAAGUUCUGUUAACUGAUGGAAAUGAAAAGGCCAUCAAAAAUGUAAAUGAGAUCAUCACAAGAAACCAAAAUGCUGGAGUAUUUAAGGCUCAGAAGGUUUCAAGCUGCAUUUUACGAUGGGAUAAUGAGACAGAUGUCUCUCAACUGGAAGGACAUUUUGACAUUGUUAUGUGUGCUGACUGCCUGUUUCUGGACCAGUACAGAGCUAGCCUUGUUGAUGCAAUAAAGAGAUUACUCCAGCCCAGUGGAAAAGCAAUGGUAUUUGCUCCACUCCGAGGGAAUACUUUAAACCAGUUUUGCAAUCUAGCUGAAAAAGCUGGUUUCUCUAUCCAAAGACAUGAAAAUUAUGAUGAACACAUUUCGAACUUCCACUCCAAGUUGAAAAAUGAAGAAAAAGAUACAUAUGAGGAAAAUCUCCAUUACCCUUUUCUUCUCAUUUUAACCAAGCAGAGAUAGAAGAUUGCACCUUUUUUUUUUUUUUAAGAUGGACUGCUGAAAAUUAAUCCAUGUAUGUGGAUGGUCAGGCAAUGUGGAAUGUUCAUUUCCCCCAUUUAUGUCCCUGAAUCAUCAUUGGGGAAAUAUUUCUAAUCUAAAUGCUGAGAAAGAUAUUGUGGCUUGUUUUGCAGAGUAUAAACAUUGAGACAUCUUUUUUUUGUAUCAUUUUAGAAGUUUAUUUUUCCAAUUAUAUUCCAGCCUUAAACUGAUCAGACUUCACAUGUAUGCAUUAACAAAGGUGUAGAGCUGGCUUCCUUCUCUUUUGUGCCUUUAAACUUGCAUGUACUUUGUUGAUCUCUUUAAAUGCUAUUUUGAGGUGUAUUUGAAAAUAUAUGGAUAAUAUACUUUGUGGGCUUAGAUAAUUGGUUGUAAAGAAGUGAAUGCGUUGACACUUAAUUAGUAAGGAAAUAGUUGUCUGAAGAUCUUCUUAAAGUGCACCUAUUGAAUGCUUGUAUUUUACUGCCUUUUUUUUUUAAUUCCACUGUCGAUUUUUCUAUCCAUGAUUGAAAUGUCCUCAUUUGCUUUAGUGUUGAAGGCCCCUUUUCUAUAUGUGUGUAUGUAUGUUUUUUUCCAGCAGGACUUUUCCUCCUGUAGAUGUAUAAGAAAUUAUGCAUCAGACAAAAGCCUCAUAAACUGACCAUUUGUCCUUUGGACACAAUAGCCUGCCCAGCCCCUCUGCUCCUCCUCUCCAAUUAUGUGUGAUUAGUCUCAGUGUGUUGUGUCAAGAAGGGGGAGUGUGCUGAGUGCUUAUUAUCUGUUUAGGUACAAGAAGAGCACAUUUAGGUUCUGACUAUGAAUGGAAAGUGAGUCUUUAUCAGGACUAAAAUCUAAAUGCUACUAUCCUAGAAAUUGCUUUCAAAAAAAACCACAUGCUUUUUUUUGAUAAAUUCCAAGAAACAUUGUAAGAACUAAAGGAUUUUAUAAUGUAAUCAGACUAUCUCCCUUGAAUUAGUUUAUAUUGGGAUAUAUUGUGGCCCGUAUAUUUGAUAUAUACUUAAUGUGAUUUUUCUUGUACUGGAAAAGACAUAAAUCCCACCAAAAAACAGGAGCAGUAUCCGAUUUCUUAACAGUUUAACAGACUGUUUUAAUGACUUCUCAGUAGCAGUCUCUAAACCACAAGACUUUUAAAAUGUUGAAAAAAGAGAGAGAGGCAGAGAUCAUGACUGAGAGAGGAAGGCACUAGCUGCAAGCAAGUGUAGAGAAUCCUGCUGAAAUACAUUAAUUAAAAGAAAUGCAAUUUGACAAUAAGCAUUCUUCCAUAUUCAACUCAUUGACCAGCAUGUAAACCACAAGCUCCUGAAAGUCUCUUGCUCUUCUGCUUCUUCCCAAAUAAAUUUCUUCACUGCCA